CUUUUCUCUAGCUUCAGUUGUGUUCAACAUAUCUGCGUCGCGCGACAGCCUAUGUAAAAUAAUAAGUAGAUUUUUCUAAGCAAGCGUUAAUAAUUUGUCGCCGAUUUGAUUUAUCUUUUAAGCAUAGCCUACGUAUAACAUUACUAUACAGAUGAUGUCAGUGGGAGCCGUGUGACACCGGAUUCUUACUGGCUGGAACUUACUGCAACAGUGCAACCUGCAGCAGACGGAACUGUCCGCUUUGAACCACUCUACGGUCUGAGUCUACGGGCACAACACUUUUUUUUUUGGCUUGGAUUAUUUUUAAAUCACAGCAAUAGCAUUUCUAAAUGGUAAUCCCAUCUUUUUAGACUAGCACGUUCCCCUCACGCCCCGCCCACUUUGUAGCAGUCGUAUAACCUCCUUUCUCACCCCCCUUUUCCUUUCCUGCUCAGUGCACAUAGCUAGAAAGUGCUAUUUGUUUGUAUACACAGAACGAAUAUGGAAGUUGCUAGACCUAACCAGGGUAAAUGUACACAGCCAACAGAUCUAUUACGUAAAUGAGUGUCAUGAUGUGGUGGCUUUGAUAGACGGACGUGGAAGAAUCUUUGCCACUGACAGGAACUGGACAGAAUCAUUUUAUUUUGGUAUCGAUUAUUUCGUCUCUGACCGCUAUGCUCCCAAGGCGACCUUUUAGGCUCGGGGUGGCACUCCUGUGGGCAGGAGCGAUGGUCAUUGGCCUGAGAGGGGCAGGUUACAUAGGGACAUUACUGGACAUUCCAUCGGUUGUUCAGAGAACAGGUGUGGAUUCGGAGCAACCCCAGCACAUAGUGGACUCAUUUCCAUUAGCUGGACAUGGAUACGGCACUGAGCAUUUUAGUUCCUCCAGACACUUACUGUCACUACAGAACUGUACACCUAGAGCCGUGGAGCAGUUCCCCAGAGACUAUUUCAGCCAAAGUCAACGAUCUAAAGGAGCCAUCGUUCUGCACAUCAUCCUGGUGGCUUACAUGUUCCUGGCCCUUGCCAUCGUCUGCGACAGCUACUUCGUACCAGCUCUGGAAGUUCUCUGUGAACUUUUACACCUCCAGACUGAUGUUGCUGGCGCUACCUUCAUGGCUGCUGGAAGUUCCGCCCCUGAACUUGCCACCGCAUUGAUUGGAGUAUUUAUAGCUAAGGAUGACGUUGGGUUGAGUACAGUGGUUGGCUCAGCUAUUUAUAACGUAAUGUUUGUCAUCAGUGUGUGUGGUUUUGCUGCAGGCGUGGUUGUUCAGCUGAACUGGUGGCCAUUGGUCAGAGACAGUCUAGCAUACCUGAUUAGUAUAGCUGCUUUGAUUUUAGUUAUUGCUGAUGAAGUUGUCACCUGGUACGAGUCCGUAUUGUUUUUAGUUCUCUACAUCUUGUACAUAGUGUUUAUGUUUUUUAAUCAACGUCUUGAGAAGUACAUUGUACCCAAAAUAACCUGCUGCCCCAAGGAGGCCUGCUCUGUUCCUGAUCAAGUUGUCAUUCGAUAUGAGAAGAUGGAUGAUGGUGAGCCCUGUACACCAGAUGAAACAACAAGAGUUAUCAUGGGAAAAGAUGGUAGCAAUGCCUCUUUAGAUUCCAACAGCUCUGCUGAUGACGUUGCCACAGAGAUCCACAAAACAGUACCUGAAGAAACAAUCUGGCAUGUGCCAGCUGGACGUUGGUCCUGUUUGCUGUGGGCUGUGUCCUUGCCCUUGUCAAUUUUAAUGUAUUUUACUGUGCCAGACUGUAGAAGAGAAAGAUUGAGGAAAUGGUUUCUUGUCACAUUUAUAAUGUCCUUAGUGUGGCUGUCUGUAUUCUCCUUCCUAAUGGUGUGGAUGAUUACAAUAAUAGGUUUCACUUUCAAUAUACCUGAUAGUGUGAUGAGUUUAACUUUUGUAGCUUUUGGUGUGAGUUUACCAGAUGUAGUGGCCAGUGUGCUAGUGAUGAAAGAUGGACUUGGUGACAUGGCAGUUUCCAAUGCUGUGGGUAGCAAUGUCUUUGAUAUCCUUGUUUGCUUGGGUAUUCCUUGGUUUAUUCAGACAAGCAUGUUGCAUCCAGGAAGCACAGUUCAAGUUUACAGUGAAGGUCUGGUGUAUGCAUCCAUCACCCUGCUGUCAACUGUGGCACUUUUGGUUAUCAUAAUCCACCUAAACAAAUGGACACUUGAUAGACGUGUCAGCAUCAUCUUCAUGGUCAUAUACAUAGGCUACACAUUGCUAGCGGCUCUCUACGAGCUUAAUAUCUUUGGAUAUUUUCAUCCUUCCGAAUGUGAAAGUGAUUACUAAGUCGUGCACAAAAGUCAUGAUAAAAAGAUCUCAGUCAUUAAUUUCAGUCAUAUUUCAAAUUAUAUUUUUUUUAAAGUUUGUAUUUAUCUGAUAAAUACUCUUUGUUUGAAUUCUCUCCCCUGUUAUUUAUUUUAUGUUAUGUAUAUAAUAAACAGGUAGUCAUGCUGAAAUGAGGGACAAGGGUCAGAAAAACAAUGUAUUGAUUGCUUACAAAUAUAAGAUUUUAUAAUCCUGAUAUGUGCUCAUUCAUCAUCCAUUUAUUUAAAGUUAUAUUUUGACCAAAAAUCUUGUAUUGUUUUUUUUUUCUUGUUAAUACUUAUGUUUUUAAAGAACUCUAUGUAUUUGUUUUGACAUUCAAUGAGUGGCCAUAAUAUAAAAAAAAAGAUUCUUUAAAAGUAUUUAUUCUAAACCUCUCAAAAAAAAAAAAAGACAGGUAAAAUAUUGUUUAUGCACUGUCAGUUCAGUACCCUUUCUACUUUCUUUAUUGGUUUCUAUCUUGUUCUGUAUACGUCUUUCUUCCAUUACAACAAAGAAAGUUAUUUUAUCCAUGUAUUGUUGUAUAUAAACAUAGUUCACUAUUUUAAUUUCUGACUUUAUUCUCUGUAUAUGCCACAACUUGCUCUUCUUUGUAUAUGUAACGUAAGUAGUAUUUGACUUGUGCAUCUAUAGUUAGUCAGUCUUUAAGACACAUGUAUAUACUUUUUUUUGGUUUGUUUUGAUGAUUAAGUUAUUACAACAUUUGUAUUUUUUUUUGUUCUACUCAUUGUUAUAACUGCAAGCAUGUUGUCAGACAAAUUUAAAGAAGAGAUGAAGAUGGAAAUUAGUGAUGGAAAAGAAAAUAACUUCUGUAUUUCAUUUUGUUUAUGAUUUUAAUUGGUCAACAUUGUUGUUAUUUAAUUUAAAUUGUUAGUGCUGAUCAUUCAAUAGCUAUUAUUUUAGUCCCAUCAUGUCAAGUUGUAUCAAGUAUUUUUCUUAACAUGUAUAUUUAUUUUAUAUUAUGUAAUAGCAGAAUUUCGAUUUAUCUGUGAUCGUCAUUGAUUCAACCUGCUAAUCACAGAUAAUAGUUACAUACUUUAAUGUUUGUUGAUUUUAUAGUUAUCACUUAGGAAAAAGAAAAUGUAAUCCCAUCUUUGUGAUUCUUCAUUAAUGCAUUCACAUUCCUACCAUACAAAGAAAUAAUUUGUGAUAGUCAUAUACACAAAUUAAUUAUAUCAUAUAAUAGACCAGUGACAGAUCUUUAUGGAAACAGUUUGUCACCCAAUGUGCCGAACAGCAUGUGAUGAUUGAACUAAUAGAUCUUAGUCUAUAUAUGUUCUAAAAAAUGUGAAAAUAAUACAUCACUAAAGAGUUCUCUAUAGAUGGGUAUAGUUACAUAUUACAAUUAUGUUGAUUAUUAACACUACUGUUUUAAUAAUUAGCGUGAGAUUUUGAUCAUGUUGUAAUUAACAUAUACAAGUAACUUACUGCCUAUUUAGCUAUAGGCCUUCUGGUAAGCUCAAGUUUAUGUUACAAUGAAGCAGAAAAUGUACAAACUCUUUCCUAUCAUACUAACAUUUUGUUUUGGUCAUUAAAUAUUUCAUAUUUUAACUUAUUAAACAAUGUGGUGAUUAAAAUAUCUAAAUAAUAUUAUGUCAUACAAUUUUAUUUUAUAUCUAAUCACUUUUUUGUUGUCAUACAGAGAUAUUCUUAAACAAAAAUUAGAAACUGUCAUAAUUUUUAGAGGCUUAAAAUUACUUGAAAAAAAAAAAUUAUUCUGUUUUUGUGCUCCUUAUGUUCUGUGGGAAACUUAUUUGAUUGUGGCCUUUUCCAAAAAUAGUUGAAAUAGUAUCCAACAUUUCAAUAUGAAGUCAGUAGUAUCUUACGAAUGGAAUGCUGUCUAAAAUCAUGCCCAACUAUUUUGUGAACAAGGCUACUGGUUGUUUUUAUUCAUCAACUAUUAAUUGGAAUUCAUUUGCUUUAUUAGUUUGCUAUAUAAUUAUAAUGAGUAAACUAAAUGUUGUUUUUGACCAUAAGACUAAGACUAUUUUUGUUCUUCCAUGUCCAUGCUAUGAAUCUGAAGGAAUGCUCUAGUUUCUCCCAGUCCAUGUCAUGCGCUGUGUAUUAAAACAUUUUUUUGACAUUUCCAACUGAAUAUUUUAAGAAUUUGUACACUUUGACAAUUUCUCUUUUUUGAAGCAUAAAAAAUAGAAUUAUACUCAAAUAAAAAUUUCUUUUUGAGUUUCAUUUAAUGGAGUUUUUCUUGACAAAACAAAAUUUUAUAUUUUAUGAUUAUUUGUAAAUAAGAGUGGUAUUUUUUUGUGUGGAAAAAUAUAAGUAAUAAUAACAAAGGAAUGAAUAAAAAAAAACAACAAGAAACAAGUGACAUUGUUAAGACAAAAGCAAGAACUGUUAUUUGAUCAACUCUGUUAUAAAGCAUCAACAUAUGACUAAUUAAACAAGUUAAUAAUCUUUAUUAAAAAUAGCUCAAUUAGAUUUCCAAACUGGCAUGAAAUGAAUUUUUGAAUAGAGGUCACAAUUUUUGUUCAAAAAAGCACCCUUGACAUAUGAUAGGAAACUAGUUGUUACCGCAAUAAACUACCACAACUAGAAUGGUAGUAUUUUAUCUAAUUGUUUAUAUUUAACUUUAUCCACGUUGUUUUUUAUUUGUUAAUACCUUUUCUGUUAACAUCUUUACAAAACAAAAUAUCUUAUACACAGGUACCAUCAUAUGUUACUAUUAGCCUAUAUAAAUUUGUUUCUAUUUAUGGUUGUGCAUUUUAAAUCUACGUACAUUUUUACCCUUGAGUUUUGAUGAAGAUUGUUAUAUAUUUACACACAAGAAAAAAAAUAUAUAAAUUUUACCAAUGUUCUGUUAGAAGUAAUGUGGUUUUAUAACAUGUGUUCUUUGUUGUCUUGUAAAUAUCAUAUAGCUAUGUAAUAAUGUGUCAUAUUUAGAAUGGGUAGAAUACAUGUGAAUAAAACAUGUAUUUUCUUUAUUACUACAAAGAUAUUUACAUUUGAGUCCAUUUUUUGUUUGUUUCAUUUUUUAUGCAUAACUUUUAAUAUAUGUCUGUGUAUCCAUGGUUAAUACAAAUGAACAUUAACCUUGUUUUAAAAACUCAAGAGACUUUGUUAAUUUUAUGUUGAAAAUUCUGAUAAGAAAUUAUUAAUUAUGUUGUUCUGCUUAAAAGUAAAGUUUUGGGGAUUUAAAAAAAUUUUUUUUUUGCUUUGCUGGCAUCGCAUGAGUGUAAUAAUGACAUAGUGUGCACACACACACAUGACAUAAGUACAUGGGUGUUGAGAUUUGAUUUUUUUUUUGUAGUCUAUUUUAAUUUUUCAUUAAAUUAUAAACAUUUUUGUUUGUGUCUGACUAACCACUCAUUUGGUGAAUAAAGUUUUUGAGCAUUUUAAAAUUCC